CCUCUUCAGGACUUCAGUCCUCGUUCACGGACCUCUGAGGUUUCGGUUUCGUUUCUGGUUCUGGUUCUGGCUCGGGAGCGCGCACACGAUUUCUGUGUGAUGAAGGUGUUUCUGCAACAACUUCUGAGAGACUAACAAACAAAGAGAAACUUUAACAGUCGGCGGGAGGGGUUUUCAGGAUGCAGAGAGGUCUCCAGUUCGGCCUGCUGCUUCUGGCUGUCCAGUUGUUCCAGCAGGGUCUGGGUAACAUCCCAGCCGUCACCCUGGCGGUGCUUGGAUUCAACGUGUAUCUGUUCAUGUUUCCUGCUGCUCCCCUGAUGAAGGCCUGUGUGAGCCUCCACUAUGUUUACAGUCUUAAAGAGUGGCGUCGCCUCUUCCUGUCCCCCCUCCACCACGUGGAUGAUUGGCACCUCUACUACAACAUGGCGUCCUUCCUGUGGAAAGGUACGAGGCUGGAGCGCCGCCUGGGUGGAGCCUGGUUCCUCUAUCUGCUGUCGGUCCUCUCUCUGCUCACCGGGCUGGUCUAUCUGCUGCUGCAGGCGUGGCUGACUAAACUCAUCCAGGAGCCCAAUCCACUGUGGGACCUCAUCGACGCCUCGGCUCACAGCAGCGAGUGUGCUGUGGGCUUCUCAGGCGUCCUGUUUGCUCUGAAGGUCAUCAAUAACCAUUACAACCCAGGCGGUGUGACCUACCUGUUGGGUACUAUUCGAGUGUCCAACCGCUUCGCAAGCUGGGUGGAGUUAGUCCUGAUCUAUGUAAUCGCUCCCAGGACUUCUUUGAUCGGUCACCUGUCGGGCAUCCUGGUGGGUCUGUUGUACACUUUGGGUCCACUGAGGAUCAUCAUGGAGACGUGUGCAGAGUCUGUGUCUUCAGAUAUGAAUGAUCCACGGCCGAGUACAUACUUCAACUUCUCAGGUUACAGUGGGACUAGACGAGAGCGUCCGCAGCAUGCUGAAGAUCGCACGGCUGAAGAUCGCACGGCUGAAGAUCGCACGGCUGAAGAUCGCACGGCUGAAGAUCGCACGGCUGAAGAUCAAACCGACCUGGACAGAAUGACGGAGGAGGAGCAGAUUGAACUGGCGAUCAGGAACAGCCUGAAUGACCGAGGACCGACGAGGCGGAGACGAACAGCACAACCUCCUUCUGGUUUCCACCCCACAGAGGAGGAGGAGAACCUGGAGGAGCUCAGGAGGAGACGACUGAGGAGACUUGAAGAGGAAUUUUACAACCAGAGGAGAAGAAGACAGUUCAUGUAGUUAUGAAGUCAUGUAAUCUUUUCAGUCUCUUCCAGUGAUUUUGUUGUCUGGCUCACUGAAGACUCUGCGUGUCUUCUGUCAGAUUUCUUGCUUCAGAUCUUGUAGCUGCGUUAUCUUCUUCUCUGCUGGGGUACAAAAGAUUCAUCACUGACUGAAUAUCUUGAGUGAGCAUAGCAUAAAGACUCGAGGAGCUCGCCUGGAUCUGCUUUGUUUAAUCCGAACAAUCAAAAUAUGAAAACUCUAAAUGGAUCUCGACUCCUCUGUCAGACUUCAUGACACAGGGAUGAAAUGAAAUACACCCAAAACUCUGGAGGCUGCUGCUCACGUCCCGUCUUCAACAUUCACUGUUACUUUCCUUUUAAACCAAACCACAACCUUUCCCUAACCUUUCCCUAACCAUUCCCUAACCUUUUCCUAAUCUUUCCAUAACCUUUUCCUAAUCUUUCCCUAAUCUUUCCCUAACCUUUCCCUAAUCUUUCCCUAACCUUUCCAUAACCUUUUCCUAACCUUUUCUACCUGCACAGAUCAGAUCAGAAAACACUCAGCGUCAUAGGUCAGUGUUCAAGAGUGUGAACUGGUUUGUUGUGUUUCUGUUUACAUGUUACAUAUUUGCACUGUCUGCUGACUGUAAUGGAUGUUUGUGUAUGUUCGGGAGGAUCACGAGGUUUUAACAUUUUUUAUCAUCCGGACGAGAAAUAAUAAAAAAAGGUUAAUGGA